AUGGCCGAGACGGAAAAGGAAUCGAUUCCGCCGCCGCCGCAGGAGGACAGUACGUCAACGGUCAAUGACGCUGAACUUGCCCAAAAGGAAGCCUCGCCAAAUCGACAAGAUGUCGAGAGCGCAGACGACCAUAAUGAACAUUCCCAGCCAGAUGCCGCCGCGGAGCACGACAGAAAGGCCUUUCAGGUUCGCUUCGAGCCUGGCGACCCCGAGAACCCGCACAACUUUGGCGCCGGCAAGAAGGUGUCGAUUCUCAUCCAAAUGUCCCUCUUGGCGCUGGUCGGCUCCCUAGGCACGUCGAUAAUCGCCCCGGCCGAGCCCGUCAUUGCGCGAUACACGAAUACAAGCAAAGAAGUUGCGACGCUGGUGCUGUCGCUCUACGUCCUCGGAUUCGCCGUCGGCCCUCUGCUGUGGGCACCCGUCAGCGAAGUCUUUGGCCGCCGGUGGUCCAUGCUGCCGCCCGUCUUUGGCCUCGCCCUCUUCAGCAUCGGCACCGCCACGAGCACAAACGCCGCCAGCAUCUUCAUCACGCGCUUCCUCGCCGCCGUCUUCGGCUCCGCGCCGCAGAGCAACGUCUCGGCCGCCAUGGGCGACUUUUACGGACCCAAGACCAGGGGCAUCGCCAUGACCUUCUUCUCCGUCUGCGUCGUCGGCGGGCCUACGCUGGCGCCGCUCAUUGGAUCCGCGUUGCUGGUCAAUCCAAAGCUCGGAUGGCGAUGGACCGAGUAUAUGCAAGCAAUCAUCUCGUUUGCCGUGGUUGUUGUGUGCAUCUUCUUCUUGCCAGAAACGUACGGCCCUGUUCUGCUGCGGCGCAAAGCGGUGCGCAUGCGCAAGGAAACGGGCGAUGAUCGGUGGUGGCAUCCGCAAGAAGAGGAAAAGAUGAACAUGGGCAACAUCGUGACAAAGUACAUUGUCAGGCCUUUAAACAUGCUCCUGACAGAGCCCGCCGUGACAUGCAUGGCAAUCUACGCAUCCUUUGUCUUUGCCCUCAUCUACAUGUUCCUCGAGGUCAUCCCCAUCGUAUACCUGGAAGGCCGCCACUUCAGCCCCGUCGUUUCCACGCUUCCGUAUCUGAGCAUGUUCAUCGGUGUCCUGCUCGCCGUGUUUGUCAACCUCGCCAACCAGCCACUCUACGCAAAGGCCAUGGUGAAGAACAACAACAAGCCUGUUCCUGAGGCGCGCCUGCCGCCCAUUGUCAUUGGCAUUGUGCUGCUUGUCGUGGGCAUGUUUUGGUUCGCGUGGACGGCGGAGCCCAGGUUCCAUUGGAUACUUCCUACUGUUGCGCUAGCAUUUGUUGGUGCGGGCUUCAACAUUGUCUUCCAGCAGUGUCUCAACUUUCUUGUGGACACAUAUGGCAUGUAUGCGGCCAGUGCCUUGGCCGCCAACACAUUUCUCCGCUCGCUGCUCGCGUGCGGGCUGCCGCUGGCGGCGAGACCCAUGUUUAACACCAUGGGAGUUGGGCCGGCCGUGAGUCUCUUGGGCGGGAUAGCGUGUGCAGCGUUGCCGAUUCCAUUUGUCUUUUACAAAUACGGUGCGAGGCUGCGAAAAGCGUCCAAGUUUGCGGCGCUGCGAGACUAG